CGUACCGCCACUAUCUCUGCGCAAUCUUUAGGCACUGUGGAGGUGACGGUGGAGUUCACCAAGCGUCAACAAACAGAGCCUAUCGCGUUCCUUUGCACCCUCUGACGGCUUGCAUGCCAUGGAUAUCGUCGGUUAAUGCCCUUGUCGACGGCCCUGAACAGUGACGCUGUUACAGACUCUGCCAAUCUUGAUCUUCUCUUCUCGAAUUUUCUUCGUCGCAUGAUUCUGGCGGUUGUUUGCUUUCACUGGUAAUUGUUGAGGAUCUGCAGCUUACGAAACAUGUAUUGAGCAUCCCCUUCCUACUGUCUGCAGCGUUCGUGAUCUCGAAGUAUUAUCCAGGAGCUGUCGCCCCGCCGGGCAGUCGUUGAACGUGCAGGCUUGCGUUGAGGUCCAGUCAAAAGCGGCUUCAUAGAAGGGGAGCUGCCGUGUUUCACGAAGCAGCUUACUGCUGGAUAACAAGGUCACCUAACAACAUCAGCAAAGCUAGGAUCUCUGCCAUACACGCGAGCCACGGCUGGAGUUAUAUCAAGUCUGGAAUCGGUGAUAGGACGGAGCCUGGCACAAGAUGAGCCAGCGCAGCAAACAGGUUCCCUCGACCUGGGCUGCCUACGAACGUGGCAGGGCCUCCUCCUUCGAUUCGCUCGAAUCUCUACCGGAGAAUGAACAGCAGAACACCUUCCUGCCUACGACCCCACCUCGGCAUGAUUCCCUGAGAGGAUCUCAUGAUGAACCGCAGUUGAGAAGGAAGUCGUCACUGGGAAAGAGAUUUGAUAGCUUAAGACAGUUGGGUGGGCCCAACAGCAUUGACAACUUUGCAAAAUCAUUCCAGAGAGCUGCUGGGUUUCGAGAGAUAACACCUGUUCGGAGAAACUCGAUCACCUUCGGAGAGGGUGAGCACGAAGAAGCUGGUUCUCCGGAGCAGAGCAGCACCGCACCAAACAGGUCGCUUUUGAGACAGCAGCUUCAGGAUUACCACCUCUCGGAUGGCAACGAUGCUGCUGUUCAGGAGGGCGCUGAGACUCCAACAGAAGAAUCAAGAUUACUACCGAUGCAAAGCCAGCAGUCCUUGAAGUCCACCUCUGGCUCGCUUGCUGCGGAUACGUUGGCACUACCGAGCGUGCUAGGUACAAGUUAUGGAAGUAUAUCGUCCCGACUGACGGCUACUGCUCGGCAACGAGCUUCGAUUCUCAUUCAGGAACACGAGGAAGCAAGCAAAAGAGCCUUGAGUCAUCCUGAAGAAUUCAAGGAUGAGCCUCACCGAACAUUGGAACGAGAAGUUCUCCCCACUGGUGAAGUGAUUGAGCGAUAUGCUGGCGAGUCCACCGUACCAAUGACGAUAUUCAACUCGACCAACGUCUUGAUCGGUGUGGGUAUCCUAGCGCUUCCUCUUGGUGUUAGGUAUUCUGGCUGGGUCCUGGGAUUGACUUUUCUCACUCUCGCUGCGCUUUCCACGUGCUACACGGCCAAAUUGCUCGCAAAAUGCCUGGACACAAACUCGGCAUCAAUAACAUAUGGCGACAUUGCGUUUCUUGCCCUCGGGUCGUGGGGCAGAAAUUUCGUCGAAGCUCUGUUUAUCCUGGAAUUAACGGCGGCGAACGUCGCUCUCGUGAUCUUGUUUGGCGACAGCAUGAAUUCGCUCAUUCCAACUAUUGGAGUGAGUGAGUGGAAGGCGAUCCUCGCAUUGGGACUGAUACCACUCAACUUCGUCCCUUUCAAGACGUUGAGCUUCACUAGUGUCAUUGGCAUCUUCUGCUGCUUUGGUAUUAUCACCAUUGUCUUCGCCGAUGGCCUGAUCAAGCCCAAUGCCCCGGGGUCCUUGCGCGAAGUUGCCAAAACACAUGCCUUUCCUGAGAAUUGGCGAACGGUACCACUCAGUCUGGGUCUGUUCAUGGCACCGUGGGGCGGCCACAGUGUUUUUCCAGCUGUCUACAAGGACAUGCGCCACCCACAAAAGUAUGGCCGCGCUUUAAGAUACACCUAUAUUUUCACGUAUGGGCUCGAUUUGACAAUGGCCGUACUCGGUUAUCUGAUGUUUGGCGACCAAGUUCGAGACGAAGUCACAUCAAAUAUCCUGCGUUCGACAUCCUAUCCUGAGGCGCUGUCAGCCAUUGUCGUUAUACUCAUCGCCAUCAUUCCCAUCACCAAAAUCCCGCUCUCCAAUCGCCCGAUGAUGGACACCCUCAACAAAAAGUUUUACAUUGACUUACGCCAGAUGGAUGCCAAAGCGCGAAUGCAGAGCGAGAAGAGCCUCAAACAUCGUGCCGCUCGAGGCUCUAUCGGACUUCUAGUCAAUGUCAUACAGCUAGGCAUUGCCAUCGGCUUCCCUGAUUUCGACAGCAUCAUGGCUCUGAUGGGUUCCGCGUUGUGUUUUACGAUCUGCAUCAUCUUACCGGUCAGCUUCUACUUGAAGAUCUUCAGCGCUGAAGAGUCGGCCAUUGACAUAUUUGAGAGGAUUCUAGGAUGGUUCUUGGUCAUAGUAUGCAUCAUUCUGGCGACACUUGGGACUGUGUUUGCUAUAUUGCCGAAGGAGAAAAUUGGUAUUCCUGAUUAAGACUUGCACGAGAUCUGGCCAGUCACUGUACUUAUGUGCAGAUCAUCGAGUCGUCGUCUUGGGAGGCUGUCCGUGUAUUGAUUCUGGCGUUUGUGCGGCCAGGCCGCAUCAUAUCAUGACUGCCGCUCCAGAGGAGUACGAUAUUCAGGGAGUGAAUGAGCAGAGAACAGAUCAACAGAUUGCAUGCUAUGGCGUCCUGAAUUCACAGCUCCCCGGUUAUUCGUUAUUCGUUGUAUAUGUGAGGCAUAGAGUAACACACAUUGACCU